CUUUUCUUUAUCUUUAGAAUACAGCCUAUUCUUUUAAUUAAAAUUUAAUUAAAUUUCUAUUUAAAAUGAAGCUAUUAUUUGCUGCUCUGUUAACAUUACUCCUAAUAUCAAUUAAUUCACAAAAUUCCAAGGCUCAGAAAGAUGAUAACGAUAACAUAGAGGAUUAUGUAGAUUAUCUUCUAAAACAUAAAAAGGACAAUGACAAUAUUAUCCUUGGAAAUAAUAUUCACAACCGUGUUCAGAAUAAUGAAAAUAUAAAUAUUCAUUAUAAUGCGGAUAAACAGAAUAAUAAAGAUCAUGCUGAUAGAAAAGAAUCUCAUAAAACUGAUGAAUUAAGCCUAUGGCAAAGGUUCAAAAACUGGUUAAGUAAAAUUUUUAAUUUUUAAUUAUUAUUUGAAACAAUAAACAUUUUGUUAUAUGAUUAA